UUGGUAUAUACCUUCAUCGUCUGGCUUGUUUUAUUUCACCUUGAAUUGUGAACUCGCGUAGUUCAGUAACUAUUCCGCAGGUGACGUCUUCGUUCGACAAUGGGUGAUUCUGACCGGAUAUGCGAAGCGGGCGUCGUUAUUGGCCACCAAAAAUUAUGUAAACGAGUCGAAGGCUGGAAGUGCAUCGUGCGUGUACGUGUACUUAUAUUCGUUACACUAAUGAACAUACAACAACGUAAGACCGCCUGAAAACUUGAAGAAUAAUUAAAUUCCAAACGGACGUGGAACUCAUCGUAUAAAAUUCAUCUUUAUCGCGAUAUUCGUUCAGCUCAAUUUACGACAACGCUAAUUCUUCAAUCAAAAAACACCAUGAAUGUGUUCAACGACAUGGUGAAAAUUUUCAAACAAAUUCGUGGCAGAGAGAAUUUAUUCGGAUACGAGUCAACAUUGGCGAAUCAAUUUUAUUUAACAUAUUGUCUCAUCAGCGAAAUCUACCAAUGCAGAGAAUUCCAUAAACAUACUAAAUUAAUUUGGUUUACAUGCCAAUUUUCAAUACUCAUGAUAUGUAUUUCUUCCACGUUACUUUACCUACUAUAUGGUGAUAAAAACGAUCUCAUGGCUAUGUUUUACACCGCAUUUAUAAUUAUGAUUGGUAUUUUCUUAUUAGUUGUAUUUGGAUACAUAUCAGGGUUUCGCUACCGCAACGAUUUACACAUUGCCAUUCAAACAGCUGAUUACAUCGUCACUAAAAGAAUAUCAAUCAAUAUUUAUCGAAUACAAAAUAACGCAAUGGAUUUUGGAAAAUUGAUCACAAAUAUUUCCUUGUUCAGUUUCAUAACCCAUACCGCGUUUUCUUUAUGCUGCAUUACAAAUGUAAUAUUUUUUUACGAAGAGGAAAAAGUUAAAGAUUACACUUACUAUGUUUGUUACCUACCAAAACUUGACCAAUACGGAUCUUAUACACUUUUUUUAAUAUUUAAUACUACAGCGCUCACAUUUGGUAUAUCUAUAUUCAUAAGUUUAACUAUGAUAGCAUUUAUGUUUGUUUUCUGUACUUUUAUCUAUCACGAUGAAUUGCAACAGAUUAUAAAUGAUUUGAAUUCUCUCAGUUCAGAUUCUAGUGUAAUUAUGAAAUCUUACAAAAACAUAAAGCCCAGAUUCGAACUCGUCCUUGUUAAAUGUGUACGCGACAUUCAAGAUAUCAUCAAAAUGGUCAAAUAUUUUAGAAGAUUUUACGAAGCAAUAGCUGGUAUUACGUUAUCUAACGUGCUGUUUUUUGAGAUCACGCAUGCGUUGAUUUUUAUAUCCUCUGAUUACCCGAUUGCUGUGAGGAUAAAAGAAGGAUCUAUUUUUCUCGCUACAAUUCUAUGGGUAUUCGUCAUAUGUUGGAUGGGAGAAAAACUAAAUGAAUCGACAGAAACAUUAUCUUUUGCUGUAUAUUCGACACCUUGGUAUCUGUCAACAUCUGUUCGCAAAGAUGUUCUCAUACUUUUAAGUCAAACUAGAAUGUCAGUGGCUAGAAAAGCUCUAGGGACUUAUCCACUUAGCUUUUCGACGUUUUUACGUUAUAUGCAUGUUAUACUAUCAACUACUAAUAUAUUGCGAAAGUUCACCUCAAAGUAAAUUUGUAUAACUGCAGGUAAUUUUAAGUACAAAGUGAUCAUCACUUUUUACCAGGUGGUUGAAAAACCAGAAAAAUAGAUAUGAACAUACUUACCUACUUAAAUGAAAAGUACCUAGAUAUUCAGUAAAUUUCACCACUUUCUUUACAUUUGCCGAUAAUCUCAUUCAGUUUUGAAGACGGCUUAAAUCGCACCUCGGGAGUAAUAAGGUGACAUGUAAAAAAAAAAUGAUUUUGAUGUUUUUGCAUUUUUGGGGCUUGUAUGUAUGACCCCCCUCAACCAAAAAUAACACUUUGAGUUGGGUACAUUAUCUAGAUCAUGUACUCUCUAAAUUUGAAACAGUGAAAUUUCACUAUUUCAAAUUUAGAGAGUAAAAAACCCAAAUGGCCUAACUCAAAAUCCCAACAACAUUGCAAGUUGUUUGGAGUUAUAAGGUGACAUCUCAAAAAACUCCAAAUUUUUUGAGCAAAAUUUCGUACAUACAAAGUGUUAACAAACAGUUUUGAUUGUUUUGAAUGUUUGUCAGUUAAAAAUAGUCACAAGGAGUGCAUUUCUUAUUGGUUUGUACCAAAUGGAAAUUUUUUUUUAAAUUGAUCACUUUUCAGAAAAAUGAAUU